ACAAAAACAGAAAUGAGUCCCUGUUCGACGAGACUGCUUGAUAUAUAUUUUUUUUCUGUUUCGCACACAAUUAAAGUUUCAUUUAUAUAACCAUCACAGUUGUCAGUGCAAACAAAUAACAAAAUUAAAAUGGGACCGUCGACGAGCUUUGCUGAUGUGCAAAAAAAUCACACUAGAGCAACGAAAAUUCUUCGUAUUUUUUUUUGUUCGUCUCUUGUUUCGUGCUGUCCAUGAUACGUAGAGUCGAAAAGUAGAAAGAAAAAUAAAAUUGAACAUUUUGUACGUAGAAAAGUGAACAAGCUACUGUGCCAUUGACAAAAGGAAAUUUUACGUGUAUUUUGCACACUCCAGCUGAACUAAGACAUUAAGGUUGGAAUUGAAAUAUGUGAAAGAAAAUCGCGCGCGUUGCAUACAACAUACAUAUACGGAUAUUGCUCACUUCGCUUUUUUUGGUUGGCCCAAAUUGGACAUUUCACCGCUAUUCACUUGUUCACUUCUUCAGGUCGCUGUAACGCGUUCAUAUGUGAACAAUCACACCAACACACAUCAUAUGCGAGUAUGGAGUACCACUAUGUUCGAUGAAUGCCGAGAUCCAGAAAACCAAUGAGUUCUUAUGCUUUCCGGAGAUCAAGGUAAUGGUUAUGUUAGCGAAUUGGCUGAAGGACACACAUACAUUCGGGGCCGUUGUAAACAGCUAGGCAAUUUGUACAGUCCGAGUCGAGAUGAUGGCCGCUACUUUUCUAAUUCCGAUUACGAAUUUUUAUUACACACCGAUGAAUUUGGAUCGCCAGUAGAUGCUAUCGAAAAACAAUCUGAGGACUUAUGUCGUCGGGUGUCAAUGACACCUGGCGAUGUAAGCACUGAUCACGCUUGUAAAACGCCUACCAAUGAAACGUCAACACCAUUGCCCAGUGCCAGUACCGAUUCCAGUGCAAGCGAUAGACGAUCAUCGCGUGACAUUGGUAUACAGGCAUUCAGUAUUGAAAUCGAAGAGGAGAAAAAGAAAUUAAUCGAUGGCAAGAAUGCGAAAGCAUCGCCGCUACCACCGCCGUCACAAGCCAAAACCGGCGACAAUAAACGCAGAGAAUUUCGCACUUGCUCAAUUCCGAGUGAACCAUACUUUUUCCGUGAACAUCGACCGUCGAUUCUGUUGCGGAGAGAUUCGUGCCAUUUUCAUAAGCUAAUUUCGCCACGAAAUGAAAUAAUAGUCGCACAUUGCCCGGGAACGACCCCAUUAAUGGAAUACGCAGACAGUUUUGAAACAUACAAGUCUCAUGAUGGAUCGAGUUCCAUUGAAAUGUCCAGCGACGAAUUUCAAAAGCCAUGCUACUGUUUUGAUCACUGUCAUGAUAGCAUGGACAGUGCCAAAGCAGCACAUCGGCACAGUACAAGUUCGUCAGAUAGUUCAACCAUAACCAAAAUUGCAGUCGAAAAUGCUGAGGCGUUAGCAGCGGCAGCGGCCGCAACCGCACCAACAGUGCGUCGUCCAAGUAAAUGGAAAUCCAGUUUGGUGUAUUUUAUGGAUCCAUGCAUCGAAGAUUCGGAAAAUACGGCCGAAGGAGAGUAUCAUGAAAGCGAACAAGAGAAACCGUUGCUGAAACAACAUGACAAACGGACCGAGGCUACCGUAACUACUUCAUUUGAAAAACGUUCAAAUUUUCGCAAGAAAAGUGUUGACGAUUCAAAGAGUCGAUCUGUGGAGGGUUCUACCGCACGAAAUGUUGAAGGUAUUGAACUAGCAAGUGAAGUGUGUCCAUUUGGUUUAGCCAAAAAUUUAGAAAAGCAAAUUUGUAUUAUACCAUCACGAAAGAAAAAAUCUUCCGGCCGACCAAGCUUUCUGAAACUUGUGACAUUUAUCCUUAUAGGCUCAGCAAUAUUAAUAACGAGUGCAGCAAUAAAAGAAGCUUAUUAUUAACAAUCACACACGAAAUAUUUAUUUUAAAUUUAAUUACUAUGUACGCGAUUUAAUGCUGUCAUUAUAAAGUAAAAUGAACAAUUAAAAUAGAACACAAAUAUCGGUCAUUAUGCGAUUUAUAAUUAAUAUCAUGGGUCAUAAGCAAUGAAGGAUGAAUAAAAAUACACACACAAUUACAUUCAUCAUAAAUAUUCAAAGAUUACUUUCUCUCUCUCUCUCUCUCUCUCUCUCUCUCUCUCUCUCUCUCUCUCUAUCUCUUUAUCUCUUUCUUUCUAUUCUGAACUUAGUUCAAUUUGGCGAAAUAAAGUCAAACACAUUGCAAUAAAAUGUACGAAUUAAGUUUCUUUGUGUAAUAUAUAUCAAAUCUUGAUAAUUAUAGUGAUAGUUACUAUUAAAAGAAAAACGAAGCGAAACGGAACAAAAAAAAAACAAAAAAUUUCAUUUCUCUCAUUGUUGAAUCCAAUGUUAAUUGUUUGUUUUAGUUGUGCAAAAAAUAAUUGUUCGGCUUCGUUUCAAUUAUCACCACAAAAAAUCGAUUUAGAUUUUAAACAAAAAAAAACCACCAUAAGAGUUUCAUUAUUAUCAACAAACACAUCAGCUAUUGUAAAUAAAGAUUCUUUCAAAUAAAACAGCGGAAAAAACA